AUGAGUGGUCGUAGCAAUCAAGCUUCCAUUGACAACAAGUUCCAAUGCUUGAAUUCUUCGAUAUCAAUGGCGGUUCAUGAUCACCACAACGCUGAAAGGGAGAAUAUGCUCACAACCAACUCUUCUUCCUUCAAUUAUCAUCAAUCCGAUUUGAUCUGGCAGUCUACCAAACGGUCUAAGUACUUGGUACCAGAUUAUGAUAACGAAACAAAGACUUGUAGGAGAAGGAGGAAGGAAAAGAGAAGCAAUAAUGAUGAAGAAAACAAGAAGAAGAAAAUGAGAGAUUGUAAAGAAGAAGGGCAAAUUGGGUAUAUUCAUGUUAGAGCAAGGAGAGGUGAAGCUACUGAUAGCCAUAGUCUUGCUGAAAGGUUUCUUUCUUCGAAGCUUGCUUCUGUAAAUCCCAUUUUGCAUGAAGUUGGAGCAGAUUUUGAUGCAUUCAUGCUUAAACCUCAGCAGGGCUUUUGUGGGUGGUCGAGAAGACGUUGUUGUGGGUCAUCGUUGGAGAAAGGAGGGUCUGUCGGAGAACAUGAUUGGAAUGUUGAUAAGGAAUGA